AUGUCUGUGCCGCAGAAGUACAAAGAGUUAGGUGAUUUUCACGAAUACUACAGUGGACAACGCACCGCACCUUACCUGACCAUCUUCAUUGGUGGCAACCAUGAGGCUGGUAACCAUUUGUUCGAAUUGCAUUAUGGCGGUUGGGUUGCACCGAAUAUCUACUACUUGGGUGCGGCGAAUGUCAUCCGCUGUGGCCCUCUUCGCAUCGCCGGUAUGUCCGGAAUCUGGAAGGGUUAUGAUUACAGAAGGCCCCACCAUGAACGUCUCCCCUACAAUCGCGACGACAUCCAGAGCAUUUAUCAUGUCAGAGAACUUGACGUUCGCAAGCUGCUCCAAAUCCGGACUCAGGUUGAUCUCGGUCUCUCCCAUGACUGGCCAAAGCAAGUCGAGCUUUCCGGCGACUAUGAAACCUUGUUUCGAAUCAAGAACGGAUUUCGUCAAGACUCACAAGAAGGAAAGCUGGGAAACCAGGCGGCAAAAUACGUUCUUGAUCGCUUGCGACCCGCAUACUGGUUCUCUGCGCACCUGCAUGUGCGGUUUGUUGCGUCCGUCCAGCAUGGUGAAUAUCUGAUCCCGGGAAAUCCUGUCAAACGGCAGGCAACCAGCCCUCUUCAUACCACCCCGCGAGCUCCAACUGUUCCUUAUCCAUUCGGACUGGAUGGCGCCUUCAACUCCCUUCUGACAGUUGAGGCAGGGGAAGUUCCCCGCCCGCGUCCACGGCCCACGAGAAUCGUCCCGGCCGAACCUGAGUUACCUUCUAUUCGGGCCAACCAGGAGGAACCGAUGGAAACGACUCCCUCCAAGUCCCACUCCGAGCCUACUGAGAUUCCGAAAGAGGCCGAAUCUCUGAAAGAGACUGAAACUCUGAAAGAGGCUGAAACUCCGGCUGAGCUGCGGGAAGUAGUCAGAACUGAGGACCAAAAUGCUGAGAAUAUCCAGAAUCGCACAGCGGCAUGGAAUGAUUUUCACACCGUUGCUGCCAAAAGCGAAGCUGCCGAAAAUGCUCGCUACUUACAGGAGCUAGGUCAUAAUCAAGGACUCGAUGCUUCCAAUUCGACAUACAACCAGACCUGGCGCAAAGUCGUUUCUGACCAGGACGGAACUGGCAGGACUUUGGAUAGAAUCGAACGGGACAGCAACACCACUAUUUCUGGAAGCAAGAAGCAAAAGCUCGAACAUGAAGCGGUGAAGAAUGUAGACGAAAUCGAUCUAGAUUUGGACAGCGACUCGGAGAAAGAGACUUCCAGCAAAGCUGAUGCUAAAAGUGAGCCUCAAGCCGCGCCCAAAUCCCCCAAGCUGGAUUCUUCUGAUCGGGCCGAUGAGAACGUUUCCUCCAUCCAACCUCAAACUCCUCAAGCUACUGAGUCGGGUGUUUCUGAGGAAUUACGCAGCCAAUUGCCUGCCAGCUUUGCCCGUCCUGCCCCCCAACCCGAAUUCUCCCAGCUCAACGAACCUCUGCCGGAUGCCAUCUCUAACAAGACAACCUACUUUCUCGCACUGGACAAGUGUCUUCCACAACGUGAUUUCCUCCAGUUAGUGGAAUUCAACACGAUUUCAGACCUGGAGGGCGCGCAGUGUGAGCGCCCUUAUCGCUUGCAGUAUGAUAAGGAGUGGCUUGCUAUCACGCGUGUGUUUGACGACCAUCUCAUUCUCGGAGACCCGCAGGCAAAGGUACCCUCAGACAAGGGUGACGCUUUCUACAAACAGCAGAUCGUAGAAGCCGAACAAUGGAUUGAGGAGCAUGUUGUGAAGCCCGGCAAGAUGACUAUCCCGGAGAACUUCGAGCCUACCGCACCUGUCUAUGAUCCUAGCGUUCCUAUCACCACCGGGGAGAUGCCAAUUGAAUACACCAAUCCUCAAACCGCCCAAUUCUGCGAGUUGAUUGGCAUUGAGAACAAAUUCCACAUGAGCGACGAGGAGCGCCAGGCGCGUAUGGCUGCCGGUCCCCGCCCUGAACGUCCCCGUCCUGAACAACACCGUUUUCACCGUCGCGGCGGCGGCGGUUUCGGGCCUGGACGUGGUCGAGGCAGUUAUGGACGCGGUCGUGGAGGUGGACGUGGCGGUCGCCGCUAA